ACCCUCCAUGCUGCACACUCUAUGGUAGCAGCCUUCCUCCUCCUCCUCCCAGCCUUAACCUGAAGCUGUGCGGAUGCUCCCGGGGUUCUGAUCUUGCUUUUGCGCGCCAUCCCCGACCAUGAGCGCAGAGCAGGCGCUUGAGGAAGGCCUGAGGUUCUAUAAGGCGCUGCUGGGACAGGCGGAAGGACUCAGGGGAACCUGCCAGGUUUGUCUUCUCGUCAUGGAGAAACUCAAGCAGUUUGCAGGAGCUUCCGUGAAGAGAUGUAGAGAUAAACAUCUGGAGGAGGCUUUCCAGCAGUUGGCGGGAAUGGGCAACGGACUGUGGGAACUGGACCAUGGCAAUGUGAUGCCUCUGGUGCGCUGCGUACUCGCUUGCCAAAUGGAGACAACGAGCAGCUCUGGCUCUUUCCAUCGACUCGAGAAGAUCGUUGUAAAACUGUCAGAAGAGAAUGGGCCCUUGGUCUCUGAACAGGUGAAUCGGUGUAUGGGUGGCUUGACUGAAGGCACAGAGGCAAUGUCUUCUGGAGAUCUCCAGACAGUGUGCAUGUUUGUUGAGGGGAGCGCGCUGGGACGAAGCUACUGGAGAAGCAACCUCAUGCCGCUCCUGAGAUGUGUUGCUGCCACGUUUGAUUUGAUACUGCAGGAGCAGGGAGCCAGGAAUGAGGAAUGGCAUUACAUCACGGCUAAGAUGUGUCUGCAGCUUUUCAAAUGGAUGCCAGAGGAGUUUUUGCCCCUUGCGUGGGAUGAAACCGAGAACAACAGGACUCUGCAAAGGAUCCUGAGCUCUUUGGUGCAAACCAUUGCGCGAAAGGCAGCCUGCAAGGACACCCGUCUGCUGGCUGGCACUGCGGUGGGUAUGUUGGUCAACACAGCACCUGAGUCCCAGAAAGGAGCCAGCGCGGUCCUGGGUCUCUAUCAGCUGCUGAGUCUAGAUGGAUGUCCCAUUGAGCCAAGGCAAGAUGCAAAAGUGGAUGACCACAAAGGCAAAUGCCGGUUUGGGGCACUCAUUGUAUCCCCAUCUUCUUGGAGCUCGGAUGGAUUGGAGAGGAUGGUGCUGACCCGCGGCUUAUUAGCCUGCUGCAAGAAGAAGAUCCUGAGCUGCCAACUGGAUGAUGGCACAUGGCAGGCCUGUCUGUUGCUGGAUGUCCUGUUUCCGGCUAUUUUAGUCCUGAGAGAAGAGCCAAAUUACUGCUCUUUCCAAGUGUUUUAUCUAUGGCUUCGGCGUGUCCGAGAAAGUCUGGAUGACAUCUGGGAAGCGAAGGGGGGCCGAAUGCUGGCAGACCGUUCUAGACUGCUUGAGACACUGAGCCACUUCCUCUGGAACAACGCAGAGAGCCCGGUGGAGGGGGUAUCUGAGUUCAUUCACAGCUCCUUCCAGCUCCUCUUGGAGAUCUAUAGUCUGGAGUGCGAUCACUUUGAAGACUCUGAGAGACCCCUCUAUGGGCAAUUCCUGCAGAGAGUCCUCCUGAUGCCUUGGCAGGCUAGAGCCCGAUAUUUUCCUCUCAUUUCUAUUCUGCCCUAUCUGGGCCCUGAAAAGGUUCUGGAUACCUACAAGGAUCUCUCGCAGCACCUCUUGAACUGCCUUUCAACCAACCACCUGUGCCCUGUCGCCUCCGAUUUGUACAAAUCAAUCCUGCAACUGCAGCGCAAAGCUUGGGCUGAGGGACAGGAGCAUGUCCCGGAGGAGGAAGAGCUGGCCCAGAAGUGGGGCCGUCACUGGCUGCCAGCCCUCUCCAGCGCCUUGACCUCUCCCAUCUCUUCCCUUCAGAACAACACCUCCAACUAUCUCCUGGGCUGGACCUUGCGCCUUUUCCCUGCCUCUUAUGCUUUGCUGGCCAAAAGCUUUAGAAGCAGGGAUCCCUCUCAGCUGCGGGCCUGGGUCACUUUGCUGAACGUCCAGAAGACGAUUGUGGGGGUCUUGCCUGCAGAUCCAGAGAGCCUGGAGAGGCUCUCCUCCUGCCUCUUCUCCAAAGAAGAGAACGUUCGCCUAGCAACAUUGGGCCUUCUCUGCUCUGCCCCCAGGACCAGCCAGGCCUUAUCUGAGAUGGAGGUCCAACUCCUGAAGGAAUCCUUGCCAUUGAGCAUGAAUUGUGACUCCUCAUCUUUCCGACAGUUCCUCCAAGCCAUGGUCAAGAAGGCUCUGGUCAGGUUAAGGGACAGCUCCCUCGCCGUGCUUCGGCAGAAAGCAGUGGGUGAGAAAGAAGGCUUGGCUGGGAAGGAUCCAGAAAGGCCCCUGGGACAAGCGGUGGAGUUUGUUGAGUGGCUGCUGCAGCUUUGCAUCUCUUCUCUGAGGUCGGGGUCCAGCUUCCAGAGGAAGAAAACGGCCCUUCUUCUCCUGGCUGCCAUCAUGGAGACCUGCACAGACACUUGGAGUCCGGAGAGAAAGAAGGGGCAGCCUCCUCGCAACGUGGUUGCGCUGCUAAGCUGGGCGAGAAGCCAGGGCUGCUGGGACUUUUUCUCAAGAAGCCACGCCUUGACACUGCUGAGCUGCUUGCAGGACAGUACGAACGAGAUCCGUGAGUUGGCAUCGGAGUUGCUUGUCCGCUAUUUUCCACCAGCUUUCCCAGAAUCCAUUGCUGUGGCUCUGUUCGAGCAAGCAAAGGAAGCCAUGAGCAGCCCCAGAGUUCCGGAGGCGGAGGCAGGAGCAGUGCUAAUGAAAACUAUCCUCCAAAAAUCAGACAGUCUUAUGUUGAAACGAACCUUGCCAGAGGCAAUGGAAGAACCGUCUGUUCAGUGUCUCUCUCUGGCCUUCCUCAAGCAUCUCCUCAAUGUGCUGGGUGUACAUUUUGCCAGAGCUCGCCACGAUUUGUUACUGGCAGCCCGCACCUCAUCAAUACACGGGGUGAUUUCUGCUCUGAGGCGAUGUCUGCUCGAAGUCCCAGAGGUGGCAGCCUCUGUGUUGAAGGCAGAGCUGGUACAGCAUUGGCGGUUAUUCCUUGGCAGUUUGGUGAGCACCGUGAGGAAUGUCAGCAGUUUCCUGCUAGGGGUGUUACAGAGCAAGCGGUCAUCGAGCUUUGACCAACAAGCAGCUGCACCUUCAUUUGCAGAAAUGGGGGAUGCGAUUGGUUUCCUUAUCGAGCAGGGAAAGGGCCCCGGACUGCACAACGAGGACGACUUUGUUCUACUCUCGGAGGAACACAGCCUGAUCCUGACCUGCUGCUGGGUCUCAGUGAAAGAAAUUGGGCUGCUUUUGGGAGGCCUAGCAGAGAAGAUUCUGCCUCUAGCACCCCCUGCUGCAUGUGGACACCUCCUGCCGCUCCAGGUUGUAAAGAUGGCCGCUGAGGUGUUCCAGGAAAUCUUGCUGACGUGCCGGCACUGGGGAGCAGUAGAAGGCUGCAGCUUGGGGUUCACUAAAUUCUGUACCACCUUGCUAAGCCAUCCUGACCCAGAGCUGCAAGAUAUCCCAAGGACCGUGCUAGAGCAGGGCUUGGCUUUAUUAAACAGUCCGAGGAGUUGCUCCGUCACGCGCAGGGCCGCCGGUUUCCCCAUGCUCUUUCUGUGCAUUGUGGUCGGGGAAGACCCCGCCAAGCCACGCCCUCUUCUGGCAAGUUGCCUUGAGAGGCUGCUGGCCUUAGCUGGUGAGCCUCUCCCCAAAGACUGGGACCAGACGGUGGACUUGCCUCAGGUGUCAGCUGUUCAUGUGCUGCAAACUCUGGUCCGUGGCUCUGGACUUGGCACGGCCCUGCACCAGUACAUCACGCCCAUGGUGACAUUGUUUCUUGAGGCACUUGGCUCCCCUAGCUGGGCCAUGAGAAAUGCCGCCAUCCAGCUCUUUGGUGCCUUGACCGUUCGUCUGCUUGGUCAAAAGCGGAGUCAAGAGGGCAGAUGUGAUCAGGAUGGGGUGAGCCCUGAGGCCCUUUUCAGCCGUUACCCUCAUCUGAAAAGCAUCCUCCUCAGGGAAUUGGCUAUGGCUGCAGAGGUGUCUGUCUCCAGCGGGCCCCAGAGAGGGAAGUUUCACCUCUGCCCCUCCCUCUAUGCCGUCCUCACCUUUCUGGCAAAACUCCAUCCUAGCACAGAUACCCAGAACAGAGACACCGUCUGCUUCCUAGAGCCCCUCGUUCAGCUUUCCGGAAACCCCAUUUACGCCGUGAGGUCGAUGGCAGCCAAAGCUCUGGUGCCGCUUGUUCCUGCAACGGAAUAUGGGGAGGUCCUUUUCCAACUGGCCUCAGGUUUACCGCUGCCGGGCGACGCGCUGUGCCAUAACACUCUGCAUGGAUGUCUGCUGCAGAUCCAGGCCUUGCUGGCUCAAGCGCUUAGCGUGAGCUGUCUGCUCCCUGAUAGGCUGCUCUCCAUCUCUCGCCAGAUGGAAGACUGUAUCUGGCUGCUCACGUCCAGACAGCAAUGCCCCCUGGUCCGCACCGCCUACCUCCAAGCUGUCUCCCUUCUGGUUGGAAGCUGUUCUGAAAGUUUUACACAGAGAAUUUGGGAGAUUGUGAGCAGUGAGCUGGCCAACACAAAGCCUAUACUGAAGCCUGGCUUAUCUCAAGUCCAGAUUGGUUCUGCUGCAUUCUGCCAACGGGCUGUUGGCUUCCUUUGCUGUGAGGCAAUGAGAUCAGGGUGUCCUGAGAGAGUUGGUGAACUUUGCUUGCUCCUACAAAGCGGAAACAUCGAUGUGCAAGUCGCCCUCCUGACCUGGGUGAUCGAAAACGAGGAGCGAAGCGGCCUGAAUUCUAGCAAGGGGCUGCAGCUGACGCUAUUGGAGAAACUAGGUCAUGUGCUGAAAGAGAAGACUGAUAGUGUGCUUCUGAAGUUAUACCUGGAAGCUUUUGUGCACCUCUAUAGUAACCUGUCCUCUCAGAACCUGCCUUUUUCUCACAAGCCACUGGGUGCUGUUCUCACAGAGAGCAAGGAAAUCCUGCUGUCUAUGGUGGAAAGUGAUGAUCUCAGCCCAGAAUGUCUGAGAUAUGCGCUAUGCGUUCUCUCUUUGCUCCUGACUCCGAGCGCUGAGGAUUAUCCUUUGUUGGAACAGUGGUGCUCAGUAAUAGAACGGUGUAGUGACCCCCUAUCUUCAGAGGUGCUCAGAAUGGCUGCAGCAAAGUCACUGAAAAUCGCAGGAGUAGAGUUGCUCCAGAAAGCCGGGGAAUCCUCCAGCUCAUCCCUACGUGCCAUUGCUCUGCGCCUGACUGAUGCGGCUGUUUGCCUGCUUCAGGACGAAGACCAGGAGGUGAGGCAGGAAGCCUCUAUUUUUGCCAGCCUCGUGGUGCAGCAACAGCAGAUUGCCUCAGGCCUUGCGCCUCAGAGCAGUUGCGUUUUGCUUCAGAGCAACAAAGGCCUCCUUUGCCUCCUGGAGUUCCUGCUGGAGAAGUUCGGGAAUUGCCCAGAAGCCUUUGCGACUCUGGUGCGUCAUCUUCCCACAGCGGAUCUCAGCGAGGCCUUGACAGAGCUGGAGGCCCAAGGGGGUGCCAGUCUUUAUAAAGAGGACGAGCCAAAUGUUUACGCAGAGCCCGCAAUCCUUUCCCAAACGCUGCUGCCGUUUCUUUUCCAGCUGCUUGGGAGAGCUUCCAUCUCUCCGAGGCUUUGGGAGGCAAUGCAGCGCUGGCUAAAAGCCACUGGGCCCGUGGUCUUCUGCAGCCUCCAUCGCUGCAGGCUGUGGUGGGGCCAAGCUGACAGCAUUUCUCUGCACCUGAAGGCUCUGGGUUGCCCAAAGGUGGACAUUGCCGUCACAGCACUGCUGGUCAAAGCUGCCCUUGUAGUGCACAUAUUGGAGGUCCAGGAAAGGAGAAGCCAACCCAGCAUCGAAAGGAUAGGCUUCACUUCCCAGGAGCUGAGAUGUGCAAUUUUGUCCAUUCAGAAGCUUCUCGCUCAAUGUGGAAUGGUCCUUAUGAUCGACAUAGAGAUGGAGCGAUAGCCAUUCUGAACAUCUGUUCCAGUGAAUCACCGAGGCCUUUUUGUUACCGCGAUGGAGAAAGAGCUUGGAGAUCGCCAUCACGCCCUCUUGCCUAGAACACAGGGCCUUGCUAUCCCAAAAUUUUGUUGAGGCAGGCCACCUCCAAAUGGCCACAAGCAAGCAAAAUAACCAUCUUUCAGCUCAAAGAUGCUUGCAAGCUUCUACGUUGGUAGCCGUGUGUGUCGGAGCUGAGCUAUGGGUACCUGUUGAGUAGGAGGUGGAAAGUCAAGCCAGGAAAGACCAUUACUGCCCAAGCAAAGGACAGGAAGCCUCCAUAGGUCUUCCUGUUCAGGCAAGCCAAUGGUCAGCCUUGGUGGACGAAGUCACAUCAGUACCCGGUAACAUGAAGGUGCAAGGAAGCUUUGGCCCUCCAGAUGUUGCUGAACGACAACUCCCAUCUUCCCUGGCCAUGCUUGCUAGGGCUGGCGGGAGUUGUCAUACAGCAACAUCUGGAGGGCCAAAGGCUCCCCACGCCUGCUUUACUGGCUAGAGAAAUGUUCCCAUUUGCAGCCCAGGGGCUCGCUACAACAGGGCAACUGUGCAAAUAGCCAGGAGUUCCAAGUACUAGGCGCCAGGAGUUCCAAGUACUAGGCACCAGGAGCUGCUGACAUGAGCAACAAAAUUGUCCUAGACCAGGAGAGGGAAGUGUUCGGACCUCCAGAUGUUAGAUUCCAACACCCAUCAUCUCUGGACAUGCUGGCUUAGGCUGAUAGGAGUUGUUGGAGUCCAACAAUAUCCAGAGGGCCCCAGGUUCCUUAGCCUACUAAAUGGCACCCUAUUCCUCCAGUUGCCCAAGCACUGUGCUUCUAGGAUAAUGAGGACUGUCUGCAGAUUAAGAGUGCUACAUCGGAGUGAGUUUUUGCUGAGACACCGUUUCAGAUUUCCCUCAUUUGCCUAAACCAUACCGCAUUUGGUCCAAGAUUCGCUUGCUUGGUUCUCGUUAUAAGGAGCUCAAGAUGGCACGGAAGGCUGAGCAAAAUGAACCUGCAGCGUAUUUUCUCAUUUUAAUAAAGUGGUUUUUAUCAGGCCAUGGCUGUCAGUUAAUGCAUAUUCCUAGGACUGUGC